AUAUAUUAUUAAAAGUAGUGCUGUGACGCUGGUUUAAAUAUCAUCUUCAGACCUACAAAUUCUUUUCGUCGAAGCGUAAAUAUCUUAAAUGCCAAACAAAAUCAAUUCAUCAUUUUGUGCAAACCGACUUUUUUAGGAUUAUUUUUUUGAAGUUAUCCUUUUUGUAGUUUUCUUAAUCAGAAAGAAAAAGUAUAGACUAGUCAACUCGAACUACAAAUACAUUGAAUUAAUUUUGUGCGAACUGACUUUUUAGGAGAUUUCAUCUUCUUCUAUUCAAUACUCUGUUUUCGUAAAUCUCAAGAAUUUCAGUUUCAGAUAAAAUCAAGGGAGGAAGUCAAGAACAUUGAAAAAUGGAAGUAUGGUUUCUGAUCAUUGUAACACUCUGCAUUACAGCUCUACUUAAGGCUUUUGUUUCAUUCACUUUUAGUAAAUCUAAAUCCAAACUUCCUCCGGGGCCUCGAGGUUUUGGCAUUAUUACCCGCUUAAAAUGGCUUGGGAUAUCAACCACAGAACUCGAGGCAGCCCUCAGAAAACUAUCCGUCAAGUUCGGGCCAAUCAUCAACCUUCCUUUUGGUCGAAAGCCAAUGAUAUUCGUUUGCAAUCGUUCUUUGGCUCAUGAGGCCUUAGUUCACAACGGGGCUGUAUUUGCAGACCGUCCUAAGUCACUUCCUACAGCUAAGAUUAUGAACAGGAACCAGCACAAUAUAAGUUCAGCAAGUUAUGGGCCUGACUGGCGAUUAUUUAGGCGAAAUCUGACUGCUCAGAUCUUGCACCCAUCUAAGGCUAAAGACUUUAGCCAUGCCCGAAAGUGGGCCCUAGACAUCCUCAUUGAUCGACUGAGGGUUUCGAGUGGUGUACAUCAUUCUGAUGCUGUAAAGGUCAUGGACCAUUUUCGAUUUGCCAUGUUCUGCUUGCUUGUGUUCAUGUGUUUUGGGGAUAAGAUGAUCGAAUCCCAGAUUAAAGAUAUUGAAGCAAUUCAAGUCCGGUUACUGACAACCUUCAAUCGCUUUGCAAUACUCAACUUGUGGCCUUCAUUAACUCGAAUUUUUCUUCGCGGUCGUUGGAAUGAGCUGCUUGACAUGAAGAAGUAUCAAGAAGGAUUGUUGAUUCCUAUAAUUAGAUCAAGGAAGAACCUUCAAGAGGAGGCCAGAAUCCCUGAUCAUCAGAAGCACAAAAGGUUGGUCAAUUGUUAUGUGGAUAGCUUGUUGACACUGGAGAUCCCAGAGGGUGACGGUAAGAGAAAGUUAACUGAGGAGCAACUAGUGAGUUUUUGUUCUGAAUUCCUGAAUGCCGGAACUGAUACCACCUCAACCGCCUUGCAAUGGAUUAUGGCCAAUCUUGUCAAGUACCCGAAUAUUCAAGCUAAGCUAUUUGAGGAAAUCCGAGGAGUAGUUGGAGAAGAAGUCGAAGAAGUUGGAGAAGACGAACUGUCAAUAAUGCCUUAUCUUAAGGGUAUUGUAUUAGAAGGGCUAAGAAGGCACCCACCUGCACACUUUGUUUUACCACACACAGUUACCCAUGACACAGAGUUGGGUGGCUACACGGUGCCUAAAGACGCAGUCGUAAAUUUUUUGAUAUCCAAUAUGAAUAUGGAUCCGGAGGUGUGGGAGGAUCCAAUGGAUUUCAAACCUGAGAGGUUCCUAUCAGCAGACGGCGUCUUUGAAGAAUUCGAUAUUACAGGAAGUCGAGAAAUAAAGAUGAUGCCUUUUGGUGCUGGCAGGCGGAUAUGCCCUGGACUCAGCUUGGCCAUGCUUCAUUUGGAGUACUAUGUGGCUAAUUUGGUUUGGAACUUUGAAUGGAAAGAAGUGGUUGGAAAUGAGCCUGAUAUGUCGGAGAAGCAAGAAUUUACAACUGUAAUGAAGAAUCCACUCCAUGCCCAUAUUUCUCCUAGGCAAAAGUAAAUAAUCGGCUCUUUCUUUUAGUAUUUCUAAUCUUGAUUCUUCUUACUUACUAGUUACUAGUACAUGUCUAUGUUAGUAGUUAGUUUUUGACGCAUCAACAUUUAUGUAGUGUAUAAAGAAUCAUACUGCAUGAUGUAUUUUAUUGACUCACAUUUUUGAGGGUUUGUUUAUUAUUUUUCUUAAAGUUGUUCUCAUUUAACAUUUUAGGCGGUUCUAUUUGUUCCUCUAAUAAAAUUUCUAUUUGCAUCACAAAUUUGAAUAUAAUUAAGGGAAAAUUGUCAGAAAGUACUUAAUAAAUUUUUUUGUUCCAAAAAGUAACUAAUAAAAAAAGUUAUGGCAAAACACAAACUGCCAAGAAAAAAAAAAAAAAAAAAAGAAGUACCAGUCUAAACGAUAAAAGAGAAACAAUACACCAGCAGAACAGCUAGUUGCUACCCUUGUCGAAAAUUGUAGCAGCAACUGUGAAAAUAAUGUCUACUGACUUGAUCCUCGGCCAUAGUGAUGCCACCAAAUAUUCUGGUAUUCCUUUGGAUCCAAAUAUGGUACAAAAUCUCAGCCCAUUACAUAAUAAUUACCCUCGCUUUUAUACUCUUCUUACUCAGGUUAGACAUGUAUUCAGCAGAUUGGGUGAAAGUAGAUAUGGUGUAUUUCAAUUACAGAAAUAUUUCCCUAUCAAGGCUUUCUUGGACCUUUCUGACAAACUCACAACCAUGGAAGAGGUGGUCUCUUAUUUCUUACUAAAGUUAUCUCCCACAGCAAGCAGGUUCAAAUGAGCCAAGUUAAGCACUAGGCUUUGACAGGUAAACAUUUUGGAGUGUUUCCAACAUGCACAGUACUUAGCACUCUAUACUGAAAAAAGCUGCAUUUUUAACGUAAUCGUUUACCCAUCGAAUCCAUAACCCGUCCUUUUUGUUAGCAAAAGACUGCAAGUUUUUAAGCAUUGCAGCCUUAGUCCAUAACUCGAGCCCGCGUAGAUUUAGCCCACCACAGGUUUUAGGCAAGGAAGAAGUCUUCCAGGAAACCUGAGGCUUGGAGGCACUAUCACUUGGACCUUUCUAGAUGAAGUUGUUGCAAGCACUCUUAAUGAGCUGAUUAUUUCUUUUGGGAACAAAAACCUUUUGCCUAGUAACUGUUCUAACUAUGUAUGACACUUUUAACAAAUUGGAUUUUGUCAGCUUUAGAGAGGUGUCUGGUGGACCACUGAUGGAUUUUACUAGUAAUUUUCUCUUUUCAGGCCUUGUAGUCUUGUAUUCCAAGCCUUUUAGCAGAGAGGGGACUCUAAGAUACCUACAAAACGAAGAGCCCCUUUUGGCAUAUGUAUAGAGCCUAAGAUCUCGUUGUAUACUUCUUCACUCACCCCAACAAGGUAUAUAGCACAUUUUCAGUUAUUUGAAGCCAAAUCAGAAGUUUUAGCAAGUUCUUGAAUAACACUAUUCAAGUUCCUGAUUGAAGUUUGAUAUCCUUUAGUAAAAACCAAAAGGUCAUAUGCGACGCAGAACAUCAAUUCCAUUACCUUAGUAUUUUUUCAUUCAGGGUGGAAUUCAAUGCUCUCUCCUUUCUUACCCUUGAGAAUCCUACCGAAGUACUCCAUGGACAAAGCAAAAUGGAAUGGAGACAUAGGUAGAUGAGUUUUCCCACCAACUUUUGAUAUUGUUCUUUAUCGGCUAAUUCUCCAUCAUGUACUGUCUGCAGCGUAUGAUUGGCUACUAUUAGUGUCUCAGCUAGCUUACAAUCAAGCAUCCCAGUUUCUGCUAGAAGAUCAAGUAUGUACUUCUGAUUGAUAAAGAUUCCUUGUCUUGACCUUAAAAUUUCAAUCCCAAGGAAUAUUUUAGGUUUCCUAGGUCUUUCAUUUCGAACUCCAUCAAUAACUUCUUCUAAUCUCUUCUUCAUUGUUCCUAGUGAUGACCAUAUCGUCAACAUAGAUUAUCAAACAGGUAAUGUUUUCCUUCUUUUUCUUCAAGAACAAAGUGUAAUCAAAGUUACUUUGCUUGUAACUAAAUUUCUUCAUUGAUGUAGUAAACCUACCAAACCAUGCUCACGGUGAUUGUUUCAAGCCAUACAAUUCUUUCUUGAGUCUACACCCCUAUCCUAAUCCAUACUCAUCUGCGAACCCCAGUGGUGCUUUCAUAUAAACUUGUUCUUCAAUUACAUGGCGGAAGGCAUUUUCUACAUCAAACUGGUAUAACGACCAAUCUUUAUUUACGGUUACUGAGAACAAGACUCUAACUGUAUCUAUCUUGGCAAUCAGGGAAAAAGUUUAUGAGUAGUCAACCCCGUAUGUCUGAGUAUAACCUUUAGCUACAAGUAGGGCUUUGUAUCUCUCAAUGGUUCCAUCGGCAUGAUAUUUGAUCGAGAACACCCAUUUACAGCCUACUGCUUUCUUCCCUUUAGGAAACAUGCAUUUCUCCCAAGUAUUGUUCUUUUUUAGGGCUUUUAUCUCAUCUUCCAUGGCCCUCUUCCAUUUCAGAUUCUAGAGUGCUUCUUCAGUGUUUCGAGAUAUCAAACAUUAAUACAGGGUGACAUUAAAAGCAACUGUAGACUGGGAUAGAUUAUCAACAUUACCCUGAUUAAUGGGAUAUCGAGACCGUUGUGCUUCAAACGCGGGUCAUAUCUCUUUUGUGGAAUACCCCUCGUACUCCUUGGGGGUAGCUCAUAUCUGCGAGGUGACUCAACACUAGGAACAUCAUUAGUAAUAUCAAUCAAAGGCUCAGGAGUUACCUCUUGUUCGGAUUGCUCCCCAGAUGCUUCAGAUAGGAUAGGAGUAGUCUGAGGAGGAGGAUGUACUAUAUCUUCAAUGGCAACAACUGUGGGAUUACCUACUUGCUUUAUAGGGUCAUGAUCUAUUAUAAGGUCUGGAUUGAUAGCAGUAGAAUAUGUUAAUCAGCUUAAGUCAUCACCACUCAUAAUCUCCCCUUGAGGACUAAGCUGGGGGUAGUAGUAUGAACUCUCAAAGAAAUUACAGUUCGUGGUGGUAUAGAGUUUGUUGUGGAUUGGAUCAAAACAUCGAUAGCCUUUCAGAUGCACUCCAUAACCAAUAAAAACACACUUAACAGCACAAGGUUCUAGUUUGUUCCGAGCCUGUUUGCGAAGGUGAACAUAUAUAACACAAUUAAAUACCCGAGGAGCUAAGGAAUAAGAAGGUUGAAUAGUAGUAUGUGUUUGAAGUGUUUCUAAGGGAUUUUUGAAGUGGAGAUAUUUUGUGGGAAGGCGAUUAGAUUUGUGAAGGAAGCCCACACCUUUUGGGGAAAAAGAAUUGGGCUGAAAUUUGUUAGUGUGGGUCGUGUAGAAGCCCACACGUGGGUGUUGGACCGAAUGAAAUGGUGGGGAUUGUGGGCCAGAUGGGAUUGUUUAGGAAAAUUAUUAGUGGGUUGGUUAGGGUAGGUAUUAAUUUCCCCAUUAAAGGGAGUAUACUUGGAAAAUUCAACAUUAUUUUCCCAUUUUCUGAUUUUAGAAUCAGCCCCCUCCCUCUUUUAUUACUUCGCCUUUUUCUCUCUCCUCUUUGUGUCUUUCUCUGUACCAAUUUACAUGCUUCUUUUUCAAGCUUUUCACCAUCAUUAAUGGAGAUCGUUUCACCUCUUUGCCUGAGUGAUGUGCAACGGUGAGGAAGACCUUUCGCCGGUCCGGUUUACCAAGGCCUUGGUUGCGGUAUGUUUCCCUUGUAACACACUCCACCAAAUACACCAGAGUGUGGUAUUUUCCGACCGAUGGUUUGAAAAAAAUACGGAUUAAUUUAAUGGUACGUUGUUUCUGAUUUUGCCUUUUAAUUUUCGAUACAGGAAAAAAAAUUUCGAUAUGUAGUAGGAAUCGGUUGAAAUUGUCGCACCUUUGUGGUCGCAACACUGUUUCUGGUUUGAUUUUUGUUUGAGAACCUUUGAUUUUCUGCAUUAUAGGUAAGUAAAUUUGGUAGAUGAUGAGGACCGAUUUGGUUAUCGGAUCUCAGAUCAAAACCUUAUGGCUCUGAUAUCAUGAUAAAAUUAGUAGUGUAGAUAUAAAAAUUAAGAUGGAGGUUUGGGUUUUUGAAUAUUGCUUUGUAUUGAUUACUAAUGAGCAUAAUAGUCUUAAUUUAUGCUGAGGGAUUAACUAGCUAACUAUGAAAAUAAAAUAAAAGAGAAUAAUUACCUUAAUACUAUACACUAAUUCAGGUAACUAAAUUUACUAUAAAAUAAAACAUAUAUACUUUCCAACAUUCUAAAGCUUUUCACUUGAUUGGGCUUCUUCAAGGUGCAAAUCAGUGCAGAGAGGACUAUCUUAGAGAUCAUUAAUAUCCUCCACUUUAGCCCUCCACUGAAUUAUGUUUCAACAAUUUUCUUGACGUAAAGAUGAUGGAGAGAUUUUAGGGCUUUUUUCACCCCUUUGAGCUUUCGCCACCCCUUGAUUAAAGUAGAACGUUUGUAAUUAAUACUAGAAGCGCUCCGUACCAUUGUAUCAAAGUCUGGAUGAUCCGUAAGGUAUUUAAAGUACCUGAACCAUAUCCCCCCCCCCCCCUUACCCUUACUAUUAUUCUCUAUUUGACACACCAUGGGGAGUGGUCAUAGAUAGUAGGGUUCAGAUAUUAAAUCCGAUAUAUCCACUCAGAAGUGACAAAACCGUGGUCAAUCCUUGCAACCCUACAACCUUCAAUAAUCCGUUUAGUAUGCAAGAAGAACCAAUGGUCGAACGAUUAAGGGAAAACUAAACUAGUCUCCUCUAUUCAAUUCAACAAGUUUUUCACCUUAUGAUUUAACACACUGUUUGUAACACCCCUGAAUUUCUGACCCUCUAUACGGAACCAAAACCGCAAGGAACGGAGGAAAUUUGGGUGUUACAUUAAAAAUAAAAUAAAAUAUAAAUUGAAUAAAGAAAUAAAAUGGUUAAAGUUUGAUUGAUUUAAUUAAAGGGAUUAGAAAACUCCCGUACAAGAUUGUGCGGAAAUUUCGGCCGCAUUUGCCCUAAAGUUGGACGCACUAAACGAACAACGAUCAAUAAAAUGUGAUAAAGAAGAGGCAUCAUCGGCCUUGUAAAAAAAAAUCACGGCGGAUUGAUCAUCGCUUAAUCCUCGGUCAACAUGCCAAGUAUGGAUUGUGGUUCCAAUGUAAAUGCUUGAGUUUGAAGAAAGAAAGAGAAUCAUAAACUAUUUAAAUCAUAAAAACCAUAAAAAAACGCAGUGGAAAUAACUUAUACAAAGGAGGACAUGUAACUCAAACUUAAAACAUAGAAAACUUAAUUAAAAAGAAACAACAUGUAGACAAUAAGAUUAUUGUAUAUUUAAAGAUUCUCACUCAUUUCCCCCCAUGCAAAGAAGCUCUAUCACUUGUAAUGUCUAUCUAUGAUAACCCUACUGCUCAACAUAAUGACCAUAGCUAAAUGUAUCACAGCAGGAACAUCGUAGAGAGUCAUGAGAAAACAACAACAAACACAUACACGUCAGUAAUCAAUGAACUUAAAACAAUUAGAAUCAUAGAACAAGGGGAUAAACGACGACAUAGCACAACAAUAACGAAUCUACUCAUCUGUCUAAACACUUAUAUUUACUCCAGAUUUCUCUUUCAACUACUAAUCCCUCGACGUAUAUUCAAAAGUAGUGGAUCCUUUCUCUAUUCAUAGCAUAGUGACACGGCCAAAGGCGUUAUCGGGCACCCGGCGCCUAUGGCAAAGUAUGAGCUCAUACCCCCUCCAGCUCACCCUCUCGGGUCCUACCAUCGGGAAAAACUAACACACUAGGGUACCGAUCCAGUGAAAAGGCCAUCAUAUUGGGGUUUGCAACGCCCGCAUGGUAACACCUCGGUCAAGGGGCGAUAUCGGCCUCCCGGCGCCCAAUGAUAAGAGUAUGCUCAUACCCCCCAUACGAUGAUCCCGUCGGAUCUCACCCAGGGGACUACUAAAUCAACUGGACAUAAAUCCAGUUGAGUCACGCCAACUAAUAAAAAUCAAGGCUCAAUAACUAAGGAAUGACUUUGAUACCACACGUAAGCAUAGUGCGUUCUCUACUAUUUAGGAAUUUGUUCUCAUAGUCUCCUAGUGCUUUCAUUCUACUUGCCUAUACCACUAUUAUGACUAUUUGAUAGCAUAGUUUACUUUCCGGUGCUCUAUAAUUUCUAAUAUGAUGCAUAUAAUCACGAAAUAUUGAUAGUACUUUGAAACAAUGAAUAUGAUAGUUAAUUACUGCGUGUAUGUACCUUCAAGCGUCACUGCACAAGUAAAUGUUACAAAAGUCACCCAACUAAGGUUCUACUAUCCUCUUAUGAAUUGAAAACCUAUACAAGUUAGAAACAAAACUAAUAAGUUUCCUUAAUUACUUUGUCAUACCAGCUAAAAGCCGAAGUAACCACUAUCAUUCAUUCACGAUAAGUUUUCAAUUACUUCUAGGACUUAGGCAACUCAUUCAACACCAAUCUAAUAGUUAGUUCAACAAUAACAUAAGUCUUUCCAUCGACAAAAGAAUAAAAGGAUUAUGUGAACCGUUUUCUUACAUCAACUAAGUUUGAGUUAUAACGAUUCGCAUUAUCUUAAAAAUAAAACAACAAAUCACACAUAAGUCUAGCAAUGUUAAAUAUAACACUAAUAUGAUAUGAAAAAAUUACUUAAAGUGGUCGGAUCGCGACAUCUUUCGCUACAUUCUCUAGAGCAAGAAAGACUACAAUCGAGCAUCACCACAAGUAACUUAACAACCUUCUACAAUAAGUUGAUAUUAUUCUCGUGGCCUUACUAAAAUUAUGUAUUUAUAAAUUCAAUGACGACCUAGUAAGAGUACUUGUAAUCCACAACAAUCAAGUCACAACAAUUAGCAAUUAUUACUCCCAAUUUAACCACCAAAAUCAUAAUUAUAGUCAACUUUAAUCAAAAUCAUUACUAAUUAUGAUCAUCAUCAUCAUCAUCAUCAUCAUCAUCUUACCCAGUGUAUUCCGCUCAUAGAAAAACUAUGGACGGGGUUUGGGGAGGGAAGGACAACGGCAACUCAUACCUAUAAAGGAGAGCACGGCCAAAGGAGUCCCCCGACUCGCACAAGGUAAAGAGACGUAACUACACGGGAAAUAUAAAUUAAAUGCCCUUAAAUAAAAUAAAUAAGUAGAACUAACUACAAAAUAAAGAAAACACAAAAACUGAUAAUAAAAGAAACAGGAGAAGCAAGAGGGCAAGAACACCAAAAGGUGAUCUAAAAGUACAUUAGUAGUCUAAAACAUGGAUAUGGCGUCUCCAACUACCCUUAUCGUUAGUCAGGCCCUCAGAGAGGUUUAACUCAUGCAAAUCAACUUUUAUUUGCUCAUUUUAAGUUCUCUUGGGUCUUCUUCGAUUCCUCUUACCCUCUACUAUAAUGCUUUCUACUUUCCUCACAGGGCGUCGAAAGUCUUUCUCUGCACAUGUCCAAACCACCUCAAUCUAUUUUCGCGCAUUUUUACAGAAAUAGGGGUUACCCUUGUUUGUCCCUAAUCUCUCGAUUCCUAAUUCGAUCCAUCAAUGUGUACCCACACAUCCACCUCAGCAUACGCACUUUGUAACUUCUAUCUUAAGUUCAAAAAUCUUCUUUAUAGGCCAACAUUCUGUCCCAUAUAAUAGAGCAGGUCUGAUUGCCGCCCGGUAGAAUUUUCCUUUUAACUUGCUUGGAAAUUUCCUAUCACCUAGCACUGUAGUGGCUGCUCGCUACUUGAGCCAACCCGCAUGUAUACGAUGAUUUACAUCUCCGUCAAUCUCCCUAUCCCUUUGAAUGAUCGAUCCCAAAUACUUGUAACUGAUCGUACUUUUAACAACUACAUCAAUGGACACCACUGGUUCACCUACCGGUGAUGUCCCACUAAAGUCACAGCGAAAAUACUCAGUCUUCGUACGACUAAUGCGAAGCCCUUUACCUUCUAAAGCUUCACUCCACUCACCCAAUUUAUUACUAACCUCCUCCCUAGUUUCUGCUACCAGCACUAUGUCGUCAGCGAAUAGCAUGCACCAUGGUACCAUCUUCCAAAUAGAUUUAGAAAUCUCUUCUAUAAUGACAAUAAAAAAGAAAGAGCUUAGAGCCGAUCCCUGAUGUAGUCCAACUUUAACCGGAAAAGGCUCUAUUUUCCUCCCCGGUGUUUGAAUGUUAGUCGAAACUUUGUCAUACAUAUCUCGUAUAGCCUUGAUGUACACUGAAGAAAUACUUCUAGCCUUGAGGCUAUCCCAGAUGACACGUCGUGGUAUGCUAUCAUACGCUUUCUCCAAGUCAAUGAACACCAUAUGCAGAUCUUUCUUUCGCUCCCUAUAUUUCUCCAUCAGUCUCCUCAAAACAUGAAUUGUCUCCAUAGUUCCCGCAUACUUGUGCAUCGCUUUUGACAGAAUUGGUUUUCUCUAAUCACCGUUUCCUGUCUAAUUCUUCUCUCUAUCACUCUUUCCCACAAUUCCAUUGUGUGGCUUAGAAGUUUGUUACCUCUAUAGUUCCCGUAUACUUCUGCAUCACUUUUGUUUUUAAACAAAGGUGUUAGUGUGCUAUUCCUUCAUUCUUCUGGCAUCUUAUGUGUCCUCAAAAUAAUAUUAAAGAGGUUAGUCAACCAACGAAUGCCCUCUUUUUCUAAACCCCUCCACACCUCAAUCGGGAUGUUAUCUGGCCCGACUGCCUUUGUUCUCCCUAUCUUUUUGAGAGCUUUGCCUACUUCUUCUGUGGUAAUAUCACUCGUUGACCCAUAUUCCAGAGGUCUUUAGACGUCAGAACACUAGUGGAUAAAUGCUCAUUUGCUGCAAUUUUUUUGCCAUAAUAUGUUGCGGUUUAGGCCCCAAGCAUUAGUGAUAGGCAG